UAUCAGUUUCGUUCUAUCUCGAUGGUGCUACCUCAGUCUCUCUCAACCGCUGUGCUCCUUCUCUCAACCCCUACACCCCAUCGUGCCGCCACCGUCCCUGGCGCGCCGCUGCCGCUCUUGUUUUUCAUCGUCCAACACUUUGGCUCAAGGUUCUUGGCCGCAGAACUGAGGUCAGUGGUUCUCCAUCCUCGAUCUGUUAACGCUGAGGAAGGCCAGCGACUCCAAUUUCUCCUCCACGCCUUCCAAACGCAUCCUUGCGAGAAGGCCUCGCCUCUUCAUCCUCCUCCCCUGCACAUUGGCCCCUCACGGUGGUGGAAGAGUGAUCGGCUGCCGGAUGUUACGACGAUCGACGGCGGGCUGGAUGGGGAGGAGAAGAGGAACGGGCUGAUGCACGUUGAGGGGAUUCCGGCUGGGCUUCCGCGGCUGCACACGCUCCGUGAAGGAAAAUCUACGAAUACUGGUUCCUUUAAGAGGAAUAUUUUAAGACCAACUUCUCCCAAAUCUCCUGUUGCAAGUGCUAGUGCCUUUGAAAGCGUAGAGGGAUCAGAUGACGAAGAUUUUAUAUCAGAAAGCGCUAAUUUAGACACUACAUAUCUGCACUCGAAUGGAGAUGUUGGGGCUGAAGGUAAAAAUCCAUACGAGACUUUACCUAAUCAUGUUAAUACUAAUGGAGAGCAGAUGGCAAUCACUGCUUCAAGUAUGAUCCGUUCUCAUAGUGUUUCUGGUGAUCUGCAUGGUGUUCAGCCCGACCCAAUAGCAGCUGACAUUUUGAGGAAAGAGCCAGAGCAUGAAACUUUUGCUCGAUUGAAAAUUACACCUAUUGAGGAUAAAAAGUGCAGGAACAAAUCCAAUAUUUGAGAUUGGGUCGCUCAAGUUUGAGGGAUCCCAAAUCCACCGGUUAAUAAGAGAGCGAUCCCAUUCAAUUCAAUGUUGAUUGACAUGAAGUUGAAAUUAAAGAGUACUGAAUUCUAGAUCCACUUUCGCAACAGGGGAAACCAUGGUCACUUCACUUGUGCUUGCUGUGACAUCAACCUUUUCAAUUUUGUAAACAAGUAAAUCUUGAAAAUUCAAGGACUUGCUGCAGUCAUUGAUGGAAAGAAACCUGCAACAGUGUCUGGUACCUUGAUCAAUGCAACAGAAUUUGUAUUCAAAGUUUUGAGAAGGUUCGAGAAAGGAUUGAAGAGCAGGACCAGGGGGAGGGGGCUACAACUUUUCCUUUAAGCGGUUUGAAAGGUGAAUUUUUUUUUCUCUGCUUAACGGCGUCAAAGUUAUUUGAACGGGGACAACAGUUGUAGAAAUUAAAGCCAUAUGUCAAAUUCUGAUUGGGCAACAACAUGUACUGCACCUGCGGUACUGCAUGUAAGUUUUACCCUUUCUUUUUUCUGUACUUUACAAUUCUGUACUUUACAAUAAAAUACACAAUAGUUUGUAAUUUCAUGAUUUAGAGAUAGGUGAAGUUAAGGACGUGGUUGAUAUGCUUUAGAAAUUGUUGAUUUUAUGGCUGAACUAGCAUGGUAGGUGAUGGUAUAUAGGAAUAAAAGAAAAAGACUUUUUAUAGCGGUUCCACAAUAAACCGCUGUAAUAGA